UCAGUGCCAGUGCCAGGCUUGGAGAAGUGAUGUUGUAAGUGAGCCUUGGGGGCGCGGGUUGUUUUGCUGAUCUUCCUCCAUAAGACGAGGAUAAAUGCACAGUAAAGCAGUGCUGGACCCUGAAGGUUAGCUGUAUAACAGCAGCUGCUGCCAUGCUGGAGGGCGGCCCGCUACCUGCUACACGUGUGUCCUCACCUUUAACCCUAGCUUGCAAUGCAUCUGCAUCACAGACUUCAGUGCUAUAACAAUCUACAGUCACUUGGUAUUCUACACUUACGAAACUCCAGAGGAGAGUCAUAUGUUUAACCUUGAUUCUAAAAUAUAAAGAAUUUGACGAAACAACAUAAAUCCUAAAGAUGGCAGAACGUGGAGCCCACAUCACUACAGCUUCCCCCGAUGAUAAUCGACCCUCUAUUUUUGAAGUUGUGGCUCAGGAAAGCUUGAUGGCUGCAGUGAGGCCUGCGCUGCAUCAUAUUGUCAAGGUCCUUGCAGAAUCAAACCCUGCUCGCUUUGGGCCUUUAUGGAGAUGGUUUGAUGAACUUUAUACCCUGCUUGAUCUGCUUCUCCAGCAGCAUUACUUGUCAUGGGCCAGUGCCUCUUUCUCUGAAAACUUUUAUGGACUAAAAAGAGUGGCCAUGGGAAAAAGCAACGGGCAGCGUACUCUGCAACGGAAGGAGUACUGGAGGUCCCUUGUGCUUCUGGUGCUCGUACCUUAUCUACGAGUAAAGCUGGAGAAAUUUAUUAACAGACUGAGAGAGGAUGAAGAGUAUUCAAUACAAAACCCAACUUCCUUUAGGAAAAGAUAUUACAAGGCAUUUCUUGCAUCCUACCCCUUUGUAAAACUGUCCUGGGAAGGCUGGUUUCUUAUUUAUCAGCUGAGAUAUAUUCUGUGGAAUACAAGUCAUCACUCACCAUUGCUCCAAAUCGCUGGAGUGCAGCUUGCUAGACUCACACUAGAAGAUUUACAGGCCAUGGAUUCUACUUCAGGAAAGAUGGCAUCAACACAGUCUGCUCUCAGCAUGGGCAGCGUGUUGAAGAAAGCUCUUGGUGGUGUGUCUGUGACGUUAUCUUCGGGCCUUUCACUGGGCGUGUUCUUCCUGCAGUUUCUAGAGUGGUGGUAUUCUGCCGAAAACCAAGAGACCAUUAAGUCUUUGAAUACAUUGCCAGCCCCUUCUGCUCCUAUUCAUUUUGACCUGGAAACCUAUUCCCCUCUCCUGCCAAAAUUAAAGACUGUUUGCCCUCUUUGUCGAAAAGUAAGAGUGAACGACACAGCUCUAGGAACUUCAGGCUAUGUUUUCUGCUACCGGUGUGCUUAUUACUAUGUGAAAAACCACCAGCGUUGUCCAGUGAGUGGCUACCCAACAGAGCUACAGCAUCUAAUACGACUCUACACUCCUGAUGGUUAGACUAGGAUUGGACAAAGUAUUGUAGACUU